GCCCGCCCAGCUGUCAGUUACUGGGGCGGCCCGGCGGGCGGGCGGAUGCUCGCUGGCAACCUAGUCGCUGGCUGGCGCGCUCCCUCUCACCGCCUGUAGGGAAGUCCGGGCCGCUCCAGCGGUCACCGCUACAUUCUCGCCCGGACCUCCUCCUUUGGUCCCCUCCUGGCUCAGUCCCUUCCUCCUGCGCACCCUUGAGUAGUCAGUGGCCCGGCGCAGGGUCCGGAGAGUCACCGCUGCGGCGCCGGGUGGUGUUUAAACCAUGUUUAGGAGGAUUUUGCAGAGGACUCCUGGGAGAGUUGGCUCUCAAGGUUCUGACUUAGAUUCUUCAGCAACUCCUGUUAACACAGUGGAUGUCAAUAAUGAAAGCUCUUCAGAGGGUUUCAUCUGUCCAUUAUGUAUGAAAAGAUGUAUAACUUCUAUUGAUUUGUCGGAGCAUUACCAGAAAGUGCACGCUGAAAAUGAAACAAGAGGACAGGAACUUCUUAAUGACGCCAGUGCUACUGGUUUCAUAUGUCCCCAGUGUAUGAAAUCUCUUGGAUCUGCUGAUGAACUUUUCAAACACUAUGAGGCAGUUCAUGAUGCUGGUAAUGAUUCAGGUCACGGAGGGGAGGCUAAUCUUGCCCUGAAGCGAGAUGAUGUAACACUACUUAGACAAGAGGUCCAAGACCUACAGGCUUCACUUAAGGAAGAAAAAUGGUAUUCAGAAGAAUUAAAAAAAGAAUUAGAAAAAUUUCAAGGGCUGCAGCAGCAAGAGUCUAAACCUGAUGGAUUGGUGGCUGAUUCAUCAGCAGAACUUCACUCUUUGGAACGACAGUUAGAAGAAGCCCAAACAGAAAAUUUUAAUAUUAAGCAAAUGAAAGACUUAUUUGAGCAGAAAGCAGCACAACUUGCCACUGAAAUUGCAGAUAUAAAGUCAAAAUAUGAUGAAGAAAGGAGUCUUCGAGAAGCUGCUGAACAAAAAGUGUCACAUUUUACAGAAGAAUUAAACAAAGAGGCGACUAUAAUUCAAGAUCUGAAGACUGAACUGCUUCAGAGACCUGGUAUAGAAGAUGUUGCUGUGUUAAAGAAAGAACUAGUUCAAGUUCAGACACUAAUGGAUAACAUGACCUUGGAACGUGAGAGAGAAUCUGAAAAACUCAAAGAUGAGUGCAAAAAGUUACAAGCAGAUUAUGCUAACUCAGAGGCCACAAUAAGCCAGCUAAGGUGUGAACUUGCCAAAGGUCCCCAAGAAGUUGCUGUGUAUGUGCAAGAACUACAAAAACUUAAAAGUUCUGUUAAUGAAUUAACACAAAAAAAUCAGAAUUUGACUGAAAAGCUGCUGAAGAAAGAACUUGACUAUACCCAGCUAGAAGAGAAAUAUAGUGAUGAAUGUGUGAGUAAAAAGAAUAUACAAGCAAGCCUCCAUCAAAAAGACCUAGAUUGUCAACAGCUUCAGUCACGAUUAUCUGCAUCUGAAACUUCACUGCAGAGAGUACAGGCAGAAUUAGGUGAAAAGGGAGAAGCUACUCAAAAGCUCAAAGAAGAAUUAUCAGAAGUAGAGACCAAGUACCAGCAUCUUAAGGCAGAGUUUAAACAGCUACAACAACAGAGAGAAGAAAAGGAACAGCAUGGGUUACAACUCCAAGGUGAAAUUAAUCAGUUACAUGGCAAACUUCUGGAGACUGAGCGGCAACUAGGUGAAGCCCAUGGCAGGCUGAAGGAACAAAGGCAGCUCUCAAGUGAAAAGUUGCUGGAUAAAGAGCAGCAAGUGGCUGAUUUACAACUCAAGCUUUCUCGUUUAGAAGAACAGUUGAAGGAAAAAGUAACAAAUUCCACGGAACUGCAGCAUCAGUUAGAGAAAACAAAGCAACAGCAUCAAGAACAGCAAGCCCUUCAGCAAAACAUUACAGCAAAACUCCGAGAAGCUCAGAAUGACUUGGAACAAGUACUACGCCAAAUCGGCGAUAAGGACCAAAAGAUCCAGAACCUUGAAGCCUUAUUACAGAAGAGUAAAGAAAAUAUUUCCUUACUAGAAAAGGAAAGAGAAGAUCUUUAUGCAAAAAUUCAGGCUGGUGAAGGGGAAACUGCCGUUCUUAACCAAUUACAAGAAAAAAACCAUACGUUACAAGAACAAGUAACUCAACUAACAGAGAAGCUGAAGAAUCAGUCAGAAAGCCAUAAACAAGCCCAGGAGGAUUUGCAUGACCAGGUGCAAGAGCAGAAGGCACAUCUUAGAGCUGCACAAGAUCGUGUCCUUUCUCUAGAAACCAGUGUUGAUGAAUUAAAUAGUCAAUUAAAUGAAAGCAAGGAGAAGGUCUCUCAGCUUGACAUACAGAUUAAAGCCAAAACUGAAUUAUUGCUAUCAGCAGAAGCAGCAAAAAUUGCUCAAAGAGCAGAUCUUCAAAAUCAUUUGGACACAGCCCAAAAUGCAUUACAAGAUAAACAGCAGGAGUUAAACAAGAUCACUACUCAGUUGGAUCAGGUCACUACAAAGUUGCAGGAUAAGCAAGAGCAUUGCAGUCAGCUGGAAAGUCAUCUUAAAGAAUAUAAAGAGAAACACCUGUCCUUAGAACAGAAAACCGAAGAAUUAGAAAGUCAAGUUAAGAAACUAGAAGCUGAUAUUCUUGAAGUCAAAGCAAGCAAGGAGCAAACUUCGCAGGAGCUGCAACAGCAAAGACAGCUGAACACAGGUUUAGAACUUAGAGCCACAGAGUUGACUAAACAACUGGAAAUGGAGAAAGAAAUAGUAUCCAGUACAAAAUCGGACCUACAGAAAAAAUCUGAAGCCCUUGAAAAUAUUAAGCAAAUGCUUACCAAGCAAGAGGAAGAAAAAGUAAUUCUUAAAAAAGAAAUUGAAAAUUUGAGUCAAGAUGCAGAGAUUCAGCACAAGGAAUUGAGUAACAAAUUUCAAACAGCAGUAACAGAACUACAAAAAGUGAAGAUGGAGAAAGAAACUCUAAUGGUAGAGCUUUCUGAAACAGUAGAGAAAUUAUCAAAAGUUUCUGAUACUUUGAAGAAUUCCAAAAGUGAAUUUGAAAAGGAAAAUAAGAAAGGAAUGGCUACUAUAUCAGAUUUGGAAAAAACUUGCAAAGAAUUGAGGCAUCAAUUUCAAGUCCAGAUGGAAAGCACACUUAAGGAACAGAAUGAACUGAAAAAGUCACUUGAAAAAGAGAAAGAGACUUCUCAUCAGUUGAAGUUGGAACUCCAUUCAGUUCAGGGACAACUCAUACAGGCCCAGAAUAAUUUAAAACAAAAGGAAAAAGAAGAACAACAACUUCAGGAGAACAUAAAUGAGCUAAAGCAAUGGACUGAACAGAGGAAAAAGCAAAUUGAAGCACUCCAAGGAGAAGUUAAAAUUGCUGUUUCACAAAAGACAGAGCUUGAGAAAAAACUACAGCAGCAGUCAACCCAAGCAGUGCAGGAACUUGCAGCAGAGAAGGAGAAAAUGUCUGUGUUACAAAACACCUAUGAAAAAAGUCAGGAAAAUCUAAAACAGCUUCAGUCUGAUUUCUAUGGGAAGGAAUCUGAACUUCUUGCCACAAGGCAAGAUCUUAAGUCUGUAGAAGAGAAGCUUUCUCUAGCACAGGAGGACUUGAUUGCAAACAGAAAUCAGAUUGGAAACCAAAGUAAAUUAAUUCAAGAACUAAAGACUACCAAAGCAACGUUGGAGCAGGAUGUCGCAAAGAAAGAACAGCAACUAAGGGAGCAGUGUGCAGCACUACAAGAUACCCAGAAAGAAAAGUCACUGAAAGAAAAAGAACUAGUAAAUGAAAAAUCUAAAUUAGCAGAAAUAGAAGAAAUUAAGUAUAGACAAGAAAAAGAAAUAUCUAAACUGAGUGAAGAACUCAAGUUCCACAAGCAAGAAAGCAUGAAGGAGUUAACAAAUCUCAAGGAAGCCAAACAGCUUCUGAUUCAGCAGAAAUUAGAGCUUCAGGGGAAAGUAGAUUCCCUGAAGGCAACCCUUGAACAGGAGAAGAGGAAUCAGCAAAUGCUAAAAGAGCAGGUGAAAAAGGAAGAAGAUGAGCUGAAGAAACAAUUGAUUGAGAAGGAAGCUAAAUUGCAUUCUGAAAUAAAAGAAAAAGAAGUAGAAAUGAAGAAGAAUGAAGAAAAUGAAGCGAAGCUCACCAUGCAGGUUACAGCAUUAAAUGAAAAUCUGGGCACCGUGAAAAAGGAGUGGCAGUCCAGUCAACGGAGGGUCAGCGAGCUGGAGAAGCAGACAGAUGACCUGCGGGGCGAGAUUGCGGUGCUGGAGGCCACGGUGCAGAACAACCAGGACGAGAGGAGAGCACUCCUAGAACGAUGUCUUAAAGGAGAAGGUGAAAUAGAAAAGCUUCAGACCAAAGUACUAGAAGUGCAAAGAAAGCUGGACAACACAACCGCAGCAGUGCAGGAGCUGGGCAGGGAAAACCAGUCCCUUCAAAUCAAACACACCCAAGCAUUGAAUAGAAAGUGGGCUGAAGACAAUGAAGUGCAAAACUGUAUGGCCUGUGGGAAAGGCUUCUCAGUGACAGUGAGACGGCAUCACUGCAGACACUGUGGAAAUAUCUUCUGUGCCGAGUGUUCAGCCAAAAAUGCCUUAACUCCUUCUUCCAAGAAGCCUGUCCGUGUCUGUGAUGCAUGUUUCAAUGACUUGCAAGGGUAAUGGGUAUCGCAAACUUCAGAGUAAUAUGACACUAACAUUAGAUUUUUAAUAAAUGUACUUAAUAGA